AUGUCUAGUACACAGUUUUUACGUUGUACAUUUUGUUUUGCGUCAUUCCGACGCCAUGAACACCUUCAACGCCACCUGAUGUCUCAUGGAGGUGAUCGCCCCCAUAACUGUACAUUCUGUAGCCAGUCGUUCAAACGAAGAGAUGUUCUCCAGAGGCACUGGCGGACUUGCAAGUUGCGUCUCGAUAUAGGUGCUGAGAUUCCUCGCUACUCUCAUGCCCCUAGACCUAGUAAAAAGCGAGCCUGUAAUCGAUGCGCCAGACUCAAGAAGGCAUGCAGUUUGGGCUCUCCUUGCGAAGCAUGUCGCGCCAGAAACCAUGAAUGCUCCUAUGGGGAUUCUCACCCCGCGACAGAGUCGGGUGCUCUGGUGCAGGCUCCAUCCUCCAUAUUCCCUAACUUCGCACUGUCCGCACCUAGAGAAACCGCGGAGCUCGAGAUCGAUCAACCAUGUUUUCCACCCCUGGAAAUUCCAGACUUGAAUAUGACCCCCGCCGGGGAAACAGGCUCUUGGAAUCCAAGCACCCUUGAUUCUUGGGCCGAGGAGCCGCUACCGUCCAUUCUCGAUAGUGAAUAUGCGUUCAAUUUCCCAUCGAACGUAUGUGAUGCGUUCUCAGGAGUCCAGUCCGCAUAUCCCAGCAGCAUCGUUACAAGAUUAUAUUUCCUGGACCAUUUCACCAGCGUUACAGGGUUCGCGGACUCGUUUGAAUGUGGAAGUGCCGCCGAAAUGAAGGAUCUGACCCGGAGUGUACAGGAGGAGUCAUCUGACAAGAAUCCGGAGAAAGAUGGCACUAGAUGGGGUCAAUUGUCUCACUUGAAUUCUUCAUCGCAGGACAUUGGGACGUACUUUGGUUCUGAAGAUUGGCUUUCGGACUCUCUUGUCGGUGUUACAAACAAUAUUGUGUCUGGGCUAAAGGUUGCCACGCAGCACCGAAAUUCAGGCAGUCCAAUCACUUUUGACUGGUCAACACUUAUUGAACAAAUUUGCGUGCAGUUUUUCAGCCCCCCAAAUAUCAAGAAAUACCUACUUUUUUUCUGGUCAUUCUGGUACCCACACUGCCCGAUAAUCCACAAGCCCACAUUCGGUAUCCACAACGCACCCCACACGUUGCUCGUGCCCAUGUUGUUGAUCGGUGCGAGCCUUUCCCCCGACGAAUCCGUUAAAAGGAAUGCGAAGCUCUGGUUCAGCAGUGCAGAGGAGAUGGCCUUUGCGGAAGAGCAUUUCCAAUACUCAAUAACAACCAGGGGCGAGAACCACCCCCCAAAACGGAAGACCCUCCAGGCGCUCCAGGCCGCGUAUUUGAUUUGUCUUUUACAAAACUGGGAGGGUGAUAAUAAUAGCAAGCAGAGAAUUAGAUGCUAUAGGUAUAGCAUGGUUAUAGCGGUUGCGAGAAACCUUGGAUUUGCAUCCGGAAACCAUCAUGAGAUCCGAUUACAGGACAUGGACUGGCAUCGUUUUAUCUUGGAAGAGGAGUUGAUUAGAACCUUCUCAUUCAUUUUAUUACUCGAUACAGCUUUUGUUAUUUUCAAUAACACGCCACCGAAGUUGUCAAUAGCCGAGCUAUCGAUGGCUCCUGUGUGUUCUGAACGCUCUUUCCAGGCGCAGUCUGCCGAAGAGUGCCUUUUGCAUCUAGCUGGAUCGUAUAUCAGCAUGCCUAGCGCAGAGAAAUACUCAGUGGCAUCUGUGGUGACAAAGAUGUGUCAAAAUGAGUUGGGCGCUGAUAACAGAGAGAAUUUUGCUCGAUUAGGAAAGCUGAACCUGUUUAUAGUCAUAAGCGCAUUCCAUUCAGUUUUAUUUUACUCACGAAACACCCUUGUUCCCGAAGUGGCUGUUCAACCACUCCGACAAGGUCUCAGCAACUGGAAAUCAUUUUGGGAUGGAUACGACGCUCUCGAACAUGACCCUGAAAUGACUGGUCUAUACUCCAGCGAAAGAUGGAAACGUACAGGAUUUAUGCAGCACGCUCCGGAAUACUGGAUUCUGGCACAAGCAAUUCUCCAAGGCAUGCAAAACCCAGAUUUAACGGACAACAAUGAUACCAGCCUGAGUGCGGGCUCUCUUCUCAGUCGAUUUGAUGAGACCGACAUGAGUCAAGUGAACAGGCUGAUCAAGCAAUUUGAGAACCUCAAUAUACUAAAUACUUGA